AUGGCUGAGAAAUCCGUUCCCCCUCCUCCGAGCGCUGUCGCGCGACCCGUCAGUGAGGCACUUCUCAACGAGAAGUGGGACCACUGCCUGUCCAACCUCCUCGUCAAGUCUACCCUCGGCCUCGGCUUCGGCGUCGUCUUCUCAGUUCUCCUGUUCAAGCGCAGAGCGUGGCCUGCGUUCAUCGGUGUUGGUUUCGGAGCGGGACGUGCGUACGAGGAGUGCAACUCUAGCCUGAAGCAGGCCGCCAGGGAGAUCAGGAAGCAGGCAUAG